CAUGUGACUAUUGCUUUUUUUACGCGAUCAGAAGGAUUCAUUUAUGAAUAUAUAAAAAUGAAGAACAGUUGAUUUAAUCAAUUAAUGACAAAUUAAUUAAAAAAGCAUAAAUAAUAAUAUAACCAUAAAUCAAAAAAUUGAAAUUGUAAAAGGGUUUAAGAAAAGAAGAUACAUAGAGAGACGUGAUUUAAAUCCUUAUAGUUUGAUUACACCGCUAUCUCAAAGUUAGAAAGCGUAUCUCACAGAUAUUGCAGCUGCCAGAGUGUUAAUUAAUUAUAAAUAUCGAAUCUCAAAGAAUCGCAGAAAGAAAAAUAACAGUAUAAUUGAAAGCAAAUAUAAGAGUUGAUCGAUUUCUUCGUUUGCUCGUGAUAAUAAUAAUAAUAAUACAUCAUUAAAAAUUUUAGAAGGUAAUAUUAUUUGAAGAACUCAUUCUGCAUAUUUUCCUACAGGUAAUGCGAAAAUGAUAGAUGCGAAGGAGUUGUGUGCAAAUUUAACCACGGACAUGAUUGGCACUACCGCUUUCGGACUCAAUAUUGAUUCACUGAACAAUCCCGAAUGUGAAUUUCGUAAGAACAGGAAAAUGAUAUUUGAUGACACGAUUAAACAUCGCAUGAAGUCCGGAGAAAAGCGAAACGACCUCAUCGAUAUUCUUAUCGAGCUCAAGAAACAAUGCGUCGAUGAAGAUUUGAGAGAUUUCAGUGAGUACUGAAUUG